AAGUAUUUAUGUGAUAAUUUGUACAUUUUAACUGACUUAAUUAUCAGUGUUUAGAGAUCGAGGAAUACAUUGAAAUAGUUACGAUUGAACAUGAAGGUUAAAUUUAAUAUGUGAACGUAAAAGAUAUGUCAUGGUAUUUAUAAUUUAGUAAUAUCAUUUCAUUUUAUUAUUAACAUGGAUUUUGGUACUUUGCUGAGUGUGGCACAGAAAAAUGAAAAUAACAAGCAGCCAAUUGCCUGUUACCAAACAAAAUUUGCUCCACCCAAAAAGCCAACUAAACAAAGUAAGUCACUUUCGGAAAAUAUAAAAAAAUUUCUGGCUCGUAAGGAAGAGGAAGAAAGACAGAAAGCGUUGGAAGAAAAGAAAAAAAGAGAGAAUUUAUUAGCAUUGCGUGAUCAUAAAGCCCAAAGUCGGAUAAAUAAACAUUUGAAAGUAUGCAAAGCUGCAAAUAAAUCUGUAUUGGCAGAUGCAAUUGACAAUGAGAACACAGCUGUUACGAUGGCAGGUCCUUCUCAACCUGAUGAAGAUGAUUAUGGAUACGUCUCGCAAGAAGCGUCUGCAUUGUAUAAUCAGUUGAUGAGUAAAUACAAUAAUACAACGUCACAAAAAACAACUUUCAAUGAGUGCCGAAAGAAGACAAUAAAAGAUAUAGCAUCAACGAAGGACAGAGUAAAACAAGCGUUAAAGCAGCAAGAGGUAGAAGAAGCUUUAGGACAUCGUCGAAAAAGAAAGCUUUCCGUGAAAGAGGUAGAGACCGAACCGGAAGAAAAAGUGGAAAAGGAUGUGAAAGACGAUAAGAAGGAAAAGGAAGAAAAGUCAAAAGCGAAAAGGAAACCUAUGCCACCGCCAAUCGAUUUUACCGAAUUGUUAAAAAUUGCUGAAAAGAAGCAACACGAACCGAUCAUUAUCGAAGUUAAGCCAAAAAAUGAGGAACCGGAAAGAUUGCUAACAAAGAAGCAAAUGAAAGAAUACGCGAAGGAAAAGGAAUGGCGAGAAAGAAAAGAACAACGGAAUAAACUCGGUAAUGCGAGUAGUAAAGGGAACGAGGGAAACGUUGUUACAGUUAACAAGCCGAGUAAGGCACCAGACAAUCGUAAUAAUAGUAGUAACAAAAUCCCAAAAAUUGCUGAAAAAGUCACCUCUUCACCGGUAAUUCCGAAUAAAAUUCCUUCGAAAGUAACAAAUUUACAAAGUUCGACUUGGAAAAAAGGUAUGGAGAAAAGUAAUAUCAGCAAGCCCAGUGCAAACAAAUGCAACGUUUCGAAAACAUCGGAGAGAGACAUACUUUUGGAAGAAAGAAAAAAAUUGGAAACAGAGAGAAAGAAAUUAGAAGAAAUGCGACAAGCUAUCGAAGAAGAGAAGAAGAAAUUACGAUUAAGCAAAACGCAAAACGAGGAGGUAAAAAAUACGAAGCCUGAGAAGUGCUUACCAAAAAUAAAGGUCCCAGAAAAACAAGAAUUAUCGAAGAAUGUAAACAAGGAACCUGCAGUACCUAAAAUUACAAAACCUCGUGUACCACUGAACGAUGAAGUAAAACAGUUUCCUCCAGCAGAUCUUAAGCCGAUAAAACCAAAACAGAUACCUCAAAAGAAGACGCUGGUUAAUCAUAAACGUCUUAUAAAGAACGAAGCAGCCGAUGACGAGGAAUAUGAUUCUGAGCUUGAAGAUUUUAUCGACGAUGAGGUAGAAGAACACAGCGAAGAUUACAGUAGAUAUAUAAGUGAAAUAUUUGGUUAUGAUAAAAAUAAAUAUAAAUUUGUCGACAACGAAGACGAUGUUGCUAUGGAAAGCAGUUUCGCGCAACAACUGAAGGAGGAAUAUGUGUCAACUAAAAUAGGUAUUAUGGAGGAUUUGGAAGACAUGCGGAUAGAGGCUUUGGAGAAAAAACGAAAAGCUCGUUUAAAAGGAAAAUUGAAAAAGUGA